UUGUCUUGACGGCUCCUGGCGCCACAUUUUCGAAUUGCGUGCAAGAUGAGUGCCAAGACUACAGCGGAGGCGAAGAAGAACGAAGGCAACGAGUUCUUCAAGAAAGGAAAAUACGCGGAAGCGAUUGAAAAGUACACGGAUGCGAUCAACUUGGACCCGACCAACCAUGUGUACUUCUCAAACCGAAGCGCGGCAUUUCUUGGUCAACAUUGUUACCAAGAAGCAGCGGAUGACGGUGCAAAGUGUGUGGAGUUGAAUCCUCAGUUCGUCAAAGGAUACCAUCGUUAUGCGCUGGGGUUAAAAGGAAUCAAGCAGUAUGUUAAGGCACUCGAAGUGUUGAAGGCAGGUCAAAAGAUCGAUUUCGAUAACAAGGACUUGAACAAGCUCAUCAACGAGAUCGAACCGUUGCAAGCCAAAGUCGAGCAAGCUCGCCGAUCUGGCUUGAACCCUUCCGAACAACUCAAGGAGCAAGGAAAUGACUAUUUCAAGGCUGCCUCGUUUGAAAAGGCCAUUGAAGUGUACGGAGAAGCAAUCAACGCAUGCGAAAAGGACAACUCACCCGUGGCGAUCGCGUGCUACAACAACCGUGCUGCGUGCUAUCAACAGCUGAGCAACUUUUCCGCUGUCAUCCGCGACUGCUCCCAUGUCCUCGAAUACGAACCCGAGAACCAAAAAGCGCUCUUGCGACGAGGUUUGGCGUACGAAGGAUUGGAGCGCUACCGUCUAGCACUGCAAGACAUUCGCGCAGUGUUGGCCUUGAAUCCGUCCAUUGAGAUCGCCAACAAAGCCCAACAUCGUCUGGGUGCUGCUGUGCGAUCGCUCAAAGAAGACAAGUAACGCAGGGAUACAGCAUACAAAUAUCUUGACUGUGAAUCGCCUCCAACGAAAGUUAUAAGCUGCUUACUCGUGUCCGUACGCGUGCGUACCCAAUAGGAAAAGACAACGCACGAUAAAAGAGAGCACCAACACCACA